UGGCGGGAGGUUGGCUAAGAACUAGGUGAAACAUUCUUAGAUGGGCGUGAAUAAUCUCUGGGGUAUUUUAGAACCUGCUAAGAGAAAAGAAAACCUCUCUGCCCUCCGCAACAAGAAGCUUUGUGUGGACUUAAGUGGAUGGAUUUGCGAAGCUCAGUGCGCAAAAGGUUUGAAACACAACGUGAAUAAACCGCACCUGAGAAAUCUUUUCUUCCGAUUGCUUCAAUUGAUACGAAUUGGAGUCAAGUUGGUGUUUGUCGUGGAUGGAAAACCACCUGAAGUGAAAUGGGAUGCAAUCGCGAAGCGAGUUCAAGCGAGAGAUGGCGGGCAGUUCGGGAAGGUCAAGAAAUCUGCUAAAUCCAGCGCUGGCUCGGGAGCUCGUGUCGGUCGAUCGCAGUUUGCGAACUGGGUUAGAGAGUGCCGCAAGCUGUUGAGCCUGUUAGGGGUGCCAUGCCUCGAGAGUGAGGGUGAAGCUGAAGCACUUUGUGCCUGGCUUGAUCUACAUCAGAUUGUAGAUGGGUGUAUAACCAAUGAUGGAGAUGCAUUUUUGUAUGGAGCCAGAACUGUGUACAGAAAUUUUUGUAUCAGUGGAAAGGAUACAUCAGUAGAAUGUUACAAAAUGGAAGAGAUUGAAAUCAAGCUAGAUCUCAACAGACAGAAGCUGGUUGCACUUGGAAUACUUCUGGGAUGUGAUUACCUACCACAAGGUGUAUCAGGAGUUGGAAAGGAAAUUGCCAUGAAGCUUAUUAAGAGUGUCGAUCAUGAAAACCUAAUUCACAGGUUCUAUGAAUGGAGACAAGGUGAGGACCAAGAUGAAAUUCUUUCAAGCGUGGAGAAGCUUGUGAAAUGCAAAGCUCUUAAAGACAAGAACUUCCCACAUCCAGAGGUUAUUCAGGAAUUUUUGUCCCCAAAGGUUGUUCCCCAGCAGGUUUCCUUAAAGAUUUUCAAUCCAGAUCUAAAAGGAAUGCAGGAAUUCUGCCUCAAGCACCUGCAAUGGCCUGAGGAAUAUACCACAGAAAAGGUUCUUCUAUUAAUCACCUAUUGGCAAAUGAAAUUAUCACUGGAGCAUCACACAAAGACACUUGUUCAACCAGAAAGGAUUGUAAAAUCUCGUGUCCAACAGAAGAUUGACUGUUUUGAAGUUGAAUGGCAAAACCUUGAACUUGGAGAAACAUGUCCAGUUUCUUUUGUGACCAUUGAGACUAAAGAGCUUUUCACCCAAGCAUAUCCCAAAGUUGUCGAAGAAUUUCAAGAGAGUGAGGCAGAAAAACUGUCCAAAAAAACGAAGAAGAAAGCCACUACAUCUGUUUCCUCUUCAGACAAUCAUGACAAUGAAAUGGAGUUCCUAUCAAGGCAGCUUGAAGAUUUAAGGGUGCAAAGUUCUAUGCCACAAAAUGAAAGUCAUUCUAGAGGUUUAUAUUCUGAUGUCUCAGUUAAUGAAUCUCUGCAAGAUGUUAUUGACUCUGUACUCCCAACAAUCGAUGGUUAGUCGCUGCAUCAUCCACCAAUGAUCAACUCUGCGUCUGUCAAUAGUGGUUGCUCUGAUAGUGAUGCUGAUGAAUGCCAUGAUGAUGAUGACGACAAUGAUGUGGAUGAUGACGACAAUGAUGUGGAUGAUGACGAUAGCAUUGAAGAGUGCAAUGUAAAUUUUCCUUGGCAUUCCAAUUCAGUACAGAGGGAAUUAGCUCCAUAUACCAGUAAUCUGGAUUGUGGAUAUGGGCAUGGAGUUGAUGGUAGUUAUGGGAUAUCAAAUCCUUCUAUGUUAAAAGAUGUUCAAACAACGUCCCCAUAUCAUCAUCGUGUUGAUGUUUCCAUUAAGAAUGAUAACACAACAGACGAGAAGAAUUCCGAUGUUAAAACACACGAGUAUCUGGGGAAGAGACGUGAAGCAAACACAGUACAGCAAGAAAGUGCAAUUGAAACUUUAAGUGAUUUUAAAUCCAGAAAUAGAAAUGAUCAUGGAAAGAAAUUUAAUACAUGUAGGUCAGCAAACAUUGUGAGGACAUUAAGUGGAGUGACUGUUUUAAGUAAGACUGAUGUAAUUGAAAUUUUUGGGUCCAGUGAUGAGGAGAAUGAUGAUAUCAAAUCACGUUCUUUGAAGCAGUUGCUUUCAAAAUCUAAGGCAAAAACACUGAAAGGAAGAGCUGGAAUAAGCAAGUUCAAAUCAAGAAAUGAAAUGCCUGGUUCUGUCACUGAGUCCUCAGAGACAAAAAGCCCACAGAAGUCAGUCCAGUGUACAAAUUCAGAUUUUUCAGUCCAAACAGAUCAGCUCAAUUUUCAUGAGGAAGAUGGUUUUGGGACUAAUGAGUGUGUGCCUGGUAUUUUGCAAGAGUUGUUGAGUGAUCAUUCAAUGACUUUUUCAAGUAAAGAUAAGGUGAAGUAUGUCAACAACACAAAGAGGAACAAGAAAGAACUACCAGAACACACAGGGAAAGUACUCAAGCCAGAAAAUAAUGGUUUCAUCAGUACACCUCAUAGUUUGAAUCAGAAAUUCAAAACAGCUGCGAGCUCUGAUGGUUUCUCUGAUGUUUACUCGACUGGUGGAUAUGAAGAAGUUCAAGGAGAUAAGUGUGGGAAAGAAAAUGUUAAUCCACCCUUUGAUGAUUACAUGCCUGCUCCUCUAUCAAAACGACUGGUAAAGCAACUGAGUGGGGGACAGAGGCUGGCCAGUCUACGUUCAAUUUCAUCUGUUAAAGAUGAUAUAUGGAACUGAAUGAAAAAGUCUCUGACACAAAAAAAAAUUGUAACAAUGGUUUUGAAAAUAAACCAAGUUUAAUUUUAAUUA